UUAAGUCAGGUUUGUAGGCCUCCUUGCACGCACAUGCUUUUUCAGUUCUGCCCACAAAUUUUCUGUUGGACUGAUAUCAGGGCUUUGUGAUGGCCACUCCAAUACAUUGACUUUGUUGUCCUUAAGCCAUUUUACCACAUCUUUGUAGGUAUGCUUGGGGUCAUUGACUAUUUGGAAGACCCAUUUGUGGCCAAGCUAUAAUUUCAUGACGGACGUCUUGAGAUAUUGCUUCAAUAUAUACAUUUAUUUUUCCUUUCUCAUUUUUCCUUGCCAUCUAUUUUGUGUAGUGCACCAGUCCCUCCUGCAGCAAAGCACCCUUUGGCUUGCAAGCCUCACCCUUUUUUCUCCAAACAUAAUGAUUUUCAUUAUGGCCAAACAGUAACAUUUUUGUUUCAUCAGAAGUGUUAAUUUCUCAAAAGUAUUGUUUUUGCUUUAGUACAAUGCCAAUAUAAAAGCCAAUUAUAUGUUUUCACUAACAUGUCAGUUUUAUAAUAUCAUAGUCUACUAUCUAAUUAUCUCACACUGUAAAAGUGGGUAUUUUUAGGCAACAUCACAAUAUAAAACUAUUUUGGAAGGGUGUCCCUCACAUGAAUAUCAUCAUAUCUUGAAAAGAUGAAAACCUCUGUGCUACACAAACACAAACAUUAAUUUUUGUUUAAUUGAAUGCAUGGUUUGUCGAAAUAUGUACAGUAUUGUGAGUUAACCAGAUACUUGUGUUGUGCAUUCUGCUGAGCGAUGAUUUCUCAUGAAUUACAUCAGCGAUUAAUUGCAGAAAGGAAACCGAAAGUUAGCGAGUGAGUCUUCGAAAACGAAACAGGUGGGGCAUAAAUUCAUGCCGUAUAAAUAAUGCCUCCACCCCAAACAACAUCACACAUCAAUUGGAGUAACUUCAUAAUUACAAGUCCUAUUCGAGACAGAAAAGCAAUCAGCGGAAGGUUUGAACAGCUCGGCUCGUGAUGGAUCUAAUAAUAAAGGGAUUUAAUGGAGAAACGAAAUCUCUGUCUGUGGGCUACAACACCACAGUUGGUGAACUGAAGCAGCUCAUUUCACGGGACUUCAGUGUGCCACCUUCACAGCAGAAACUUUCUGCAAAUAACGGACACCGAAUCAGCCUUGAUGACGAUUCCAGAACACUCAGUAGUUACGGUUUGCACUCGGGGUCCGCGGUGAUGCUCCUCAUCAUUCCUCUUCAGGUGUUCGUCAAGAACGAGAAGGGCCAAACAAAAACAUACGAUGUCGACGUCAAUGAAACCGUAGAUCAGCUCCAGCAAAAGAUCAACAACAAAGAAAGUGUCCCUGUGGAUCAGCAGAGACUGAUUUACAACGGGAGACAACUGGAGUCUGGCAUGAAGCUACUGGAGUACAACAUCACAUCUGGAAGCACCAUUCACAUGACUCUGCGUCUCCGAGGAGGUUAAUGGAUAAAGUGUGACCAGGACUAACUGACUACAAGAACUAAACAUGUCAAAUAUAAUAGGCAUGAAAUAGGUCUGUUAAUUCUUAAAAAAACAAAACAUGAAAACAACAUGAAAAACUAAAGCACUUUUUAAGUCGUUCUAAAUAAUAUUGUCUUCUAAAUGCCAUAAAUAUAUAAUAUAUAACACAGAGUAGCUGAGUACUGAAUUUAAAAUAUAUAUUUUGUUGAUGUACUGUAACUGAUGUAAAACAUGCAUUAUUGUCCA